AUGGCAAUAGCCCUCGGAUGCAUCAAAGCCGGCAUCGACGUCAAGGUGUAUGAACGAUAUCCCUAUGCCAGGCCAGCGGGAAACAUCCUCAACCUAUGGCCACCGGCCAUACAUGCACUCAAGUGCAUGGGCGUGAAUACCACGGACCUCGGAGCUGCCUCGCCUGCAACCACAUUCCGGAACCCCAGUGGACAUGUACGUGCUACGGUACGGCUGGCAGAUGAUGUCGUGGAGAAAUACGACGGUGGUUUCCUUGGGCUUUUGCGACCAGAUCUGUACAAGCGGAUGUUGUCAGCUAUCCCUGAGGGCGUCAUGGAAUUCAAUAAGUCAGUGACUGCAUUCGAAGACACGGGCGACUGUGUCCGGAUGACAUUAGGCGACGGUACCAUCGUCCAAGCCGCCGUCGUCAUCGGUGCCGAUGGCAUCGACUCUUCCGUCCGCACUCACCUUUGGGGCCAAAGUCCACGAAGAAACCACGACCUCCACGUUAUCGGCGGCUUCACCUUCGAUACCACCGACGGCGUCAUCCCCGACGAAUGCGUCAUCACCCACGAUCCCCAAGUCCAGGGCACAUACGGACCUCUUCUGAGCCAGGGCCGCAAAGGCCUCCAGUGGUGGUUCGUCGAGUCAUGGCCUGAUGACAAACCCGUAGAAGAAGACCUUAAGAGCCGUGCUCAGAUGCUGUCGAAAAGAUUUCCGGGACCCCUCAGUGACCUGGUGCAGGGUACUGCACCAGAAGAUGUUGUCAUGUGGCCAAUCCGUGAUAGAGUGCCACUUAAGAAAUGGUCCAAGGGCCGCAUGAGUCUUGCUGGAGACGCCGCACACGCUACAUCUCCCUACGCUGCUUACGGCGCGGGAAUGUCAAUCUCAGACGGGUAUUUCAUUGCGCAGAGUCUGUACAAGAUUGAUCUCUCCGACACAAAUGCGGUUGCGAACGCGCUGGAGCGGUACGAGGGGUAUCAGCUGGCACAUACGACACACAUGGUUGAAUCGGCAUAUUUUGUUGGGAGGCUCUUCCAUCAUGUUCCGUUUCCGCUGAAUUAUUUGCGGAAUCUCGUGCUUGACUGGACGCCGAUGUUGCAGCGGGAAGUUGGUGAUAAGAACCCUGAGGAGAUUACUGGGCAGUUGAGGCUGAUGGGACGGGACAUUACUGUCUAG